AUGGCGGAUGACCUGGACUAUCUCUCCCCUGAUUUCGAUCUUAACUCUCUGACGGUACCACGUCUCCGGUCCAUUCUAGUCAGCCAUGAUAUUCCAUACCCGGCCUCUGCGAAGAAGGCGCAGCUUAUACGAAUUCUGGAGGAUGAGGUUCUACCUCAGGCGAGGAGAUUACUACGGGAUCGCGAGCGAGUGAGGCGAACGAGUGAUGGGAUUACCGAUAUGGGAAGUCGCGCAACAUCAGUAGUUAGUGAUUUCAAUGAUCGACAAGAAGAUGAAGGCAGAGAUUCGAUGCCGCCACCACCAACACCUUCGACAGUCUCAACGGCAACUGGGGGGAGGCGAGGACGAUCGAGAAUGAGUACGCGAGCCUCGACCGCCGAUAUUGAUGAUAGAACCGCUCCGGCCACACCGUCCACAAUUUCUAGACGUACAGUACCGAGAUCAGAGUCGAAGCGCCUUCGCGCAUCUGAAUAUCAAUAUCAUCAUGACACCCCUGCAACACCGGUCGCAGCAGACGUCGCUACUCCCCGAAAAUCGACUACUAGGAAACUUCGGAGAAGCGAGAUGACACCAUCGACUGAGCCAGAGCCCAUGGCACGGCCAAUCAAAGAAGAGCCUAAGGAAGAGAGCGUUUUCACUUAUGACAACCCAUUCCAGAGUGGAAGUUCUCCUGCCCUGUGGUCCGAGAAAAAGCGAAAGAGUGGAUCGCUACUUCCAACCGAGAGCCCUGCUCGGGAUCAGGGUCUGCGGGCUAGAAAGUCUGACGCAUUCAUUAAACAAGAAGACGGUGCUACUCCAUCCAGGCGAUCUUCCUUCCAAUUCCCUAUCUCGAAGUUGAAAUCACCCCCCAGGCAACUUGAAUCUGUGGCGGAUGAGGAGGACGAGAGUGAGCUCAGUGCUGGCGAAGAGUUCACACCGGAGGAACAACUUGCAUUAGAAAGGGAGCAGGCGGACUUGUGGUACCCCCCUGCCCCAGACCGACAACAACAGCAAGGCUCAACGAGUCGCGCAGCGCCUUGGAUCAUUAUCCUACUGCUGGUUGCUGGAUUUGGUGUUUGGUGGCGGAAAGAGAAGAUUGAGAUUGGAUUUUGCGGCAUUGGAAAGCCCACUUGGUCAUUGGCCGAGACUCGGAUUCCUGAGUGGGCAAACGUCUUGGAGCCACAAUGUGAACCCUGUCCUGCCCAUGCGUUCUGCUACCCCGACUUUGAAGCACUCUGCGAGCAUGAUUUCAUCCUGAAGGCGCAUCCUCUGUCUCUGGGCGGCUUGGUUCCCCUGCCUCCGACUUGCGAGCCUGACAGUGAGAAAGCGCGGCGCGUCAAAGCCGUUGCUGAUAAAGCUGUGGAGGAGCUGCGUGACAGAAGAGCCAAAUGGGAAUGUGGGGAACUCGCAGAUGACGGCCAAGGGCAAAAGGGCCAGAGAUCAGUGAACCGGAUUUGA